GGUGCGGUUCGGCCGGCGCUUCAUUCAACAGAAGCUUGAUGAGAAUCCUCCACCUAGCCAUGGCACACCGCAGCCUCUGUCUGUUCAUCACACAGCUUGCUAUACUCCAGCAGGCCUUUUCCUCUGGGGUAUUUGAGCUGAAGUUACAGGAAUUUAAUAACCGCAAAGGACUGAGUGGUAAUGCGAAUUGCUGCAAAGGCGGAUCGGCCUCGAACUACGGCUUGCCUUGCGAAUGCAAGACCUUCUUCCGCGUGUGCCUCAAACAUUACCAGGCGAACAUUUCCCCCGAGCCGCCGUGCACUUACGGGAGCGCCCUCACCCCCGUCCUCGGCUCCAACUCCUUCUCCAUCCCGGACGCUGAAGCCUUCAACAACCCCAUGCGAUUCCCCUUCGCUUUCACCUGGCCGGGGACUUUCUCUCUGAUUAUUGAAGCUCUGCAUGCGGAACCCACUGAUGACUUGAGUACAGACAACCCUGAUCGGCUCAUCAGCCGCCUGGCGACACAGCGGCACCUGACUGUGGGAGACGAAUGGUCCCAGGACGUGCACAUCAGCAGCCGGACCGAGCUCAAGUACUCGUAUCGCUUCGUCUGCGAUGAGCACUACUACGGGGAGGGUUGCUCCGUCUUCUGCCGGCCCCGGGACGAUGCCUUCGGCCACUUCAGCUGCGGCGAGAAGGGUGAAAAGCUGUGCAACCCGGGCUGGGAGGGACCCUACUGCACCGAAUCGAUCUGUCUCCCUGGCUGUGAUGAGCAGCACGGAUACUGCGAUAGGCCUGGGGAAUGCAAGUGUAGGGUGGGGUGGCAAGGGCGCUACUGUGAUGAAUGUAUUCGUUAUCCAGGGUGUCUUCAUGGGACAUGUCAGCAGCCUUGGCAGUGUAACUGCCAGGAAGGAUGGGGUGGUCUCUUCUGUAACCAGGACUUGAACUAUUGUACUCAUCACAAGCCUUGUAAGAAUGGAGCUACUUGCACCAAUACUGGUCAAGGAAGUUACACUUGUACCUGUCGUCCUGGCUACACUGGCUCCAACUGUGAAAUCGAGAUCAAUGAGUGCGAUGCCAAUCCCUGUAAAAAUGAUGGGACCUGCACGGACCUGGAGAAUCACUACUCUUGUACCUGCCCACCGGGCUUCCAUGGUCGAAAUUGUGAACUGAGUGCCAUGACGUGUGCAGAUGGGCCCUGCUUUAAUGGUGGAAGGUGCACAGACAAACCUACUGGUGGCUACAGCUGCCAUUGCCCUGCUAGUUACUCCGGCUUCAACUGUGAGAAGAAAAUUGAUCACUGCAGUUCCAACCCAUGCACCAAUGGUGCCCAGUGUGUCGAUAUUGGGAAUUCCUACAUAUGCCAAUGCCGUGCUGGCUUCACAGGAAGACACUGCGACAUUGACACGGAUAACUGUGCAAUCAUGCCCUGUCUUAAUGGAGGAACAUGUCAAGAUGGAGUUAAUGAUCACACCUGCACCUGCCUGCCUGGAUUUAGUGGAAAGAAUUGCAGCAUCUCCAUCAGUAAAUGUGUGAACAACCCUUGCCACAAUGGCGCCACCUGCCAUGAGAGGAACAGCCAUUACGUCUGCCAGUGCGCCCGUGGAUACGGUGGGCUUAACUGCCAGUUCCUGCUGCCAGAGCAGCCUCAGGGUCAAACCGUUAUCAUAGACGUUAAGGAUAAAUACACAGAAGCUGAGAACAAGGGGCAGUUUCCAUGGGUCGCUGUGUGUGCUGGGGUUAUUCUGGUCCUAAUGCUGCUCCUGGGAUGUGCAGCAGUCGUCGUCUGUGUGCGAGUGAAGCUGCAGAAGGGGCGGCAGCAGCAGCCUGACAUCUCCAAGAGCGAGAUAGAGACGAUGAACAACCUCACCGACUGCCAUCGUGAGAAAGACAUCUCCAUCAGCAUCAUUGCUGCCACUCAAAUCAAAAACACCAACAAGAAAGUAGACUUGCAAAGUGACAGCUCUGCUGAGAGAAAUGGCUAUAGGGUCAAAUACCCUUCAGUGGAUUAUAAUCUGGUACACGAGUUAAAGAAUGAAGAUUUACUUAAAGCUGAAAAUGAGCGGGGAGAUGCUAGUAGCCUGGAAGCAGAGCAAAAGAGUGCCACACAGCAUAAUGGUGAACCCUCAGAAAGAAAACGGCCAGAGUCCACAUACUCAGCCUCAAAAGACACCAAGUAUCAGUCAGUGUACGUCAUAUCUGAAGAGAAGGACGAAUGUAUAAUAGCAACUGAGGUGUAAAAUGGAAGAGCCACGAUGGAAAUAUAGUUGCCUUGCCAAGAAGAGAUUUGCUCCAGUAAACUGCUGCUCAGAUUAAACUGGUUAUCUGCUGAAAUUGGCAAGAAGACUCAAAAGGACAGACAGUAAGGCAGGACCUGUAACCCAUGGACACCUGUUGCACUGCCUUUUCGUGGGCUUUUUGAAAGAAGAAAAGUCCAUUGCACUACAGACAAACAGUUGCUUCCUGUAUUCUUUACGUGGGCUUAACGCUUGACUAGAAAGCCUGCACUGCCUUGAGUGUGAACUCAGGUGCAGUAAGAGACAAUGUUCUUGUACUGGAGAUGCAAAUACUGCCUCUGAUGCCUUUUUUGGACAGAAAAUGUUUUCUAAUUGAUCAGGAGUGAGAAGGAAAACAAAAAAAGUAUUGUUUCAAGCGCUGAAAUAUUUUUCAAACGUAUUUGUGCAGUCGAUGGUUCUUGAAGUUCAUUUCACAUAAUUUAAAAUUCUGGUAAAUAUGUAAAAAAAAAAAGGCA